CGGGGGCGCCGGAGGGGGGGCGGUGGCUCGCCUGGCCCCCUCCUUCUGCUCGUCGUCGUCGUCGUCCUCACCUCUUCAACCGGCAGAGCGGAGCGGAUCGGCUCCGGGGGGCUGCGGCUGCCCACCGCACCCCGCCCCGCCCCGCCCCGGGCCGGGCCUGGCCUGUCGCCGAGAGGUAGUCAAUGCAGAAGUGACUUCAUUCAUACAGAUGAACCAAGGAUUGGGACAGCAGUGUAAACCCAGAUAGUCAGAUAGCUGACUGCCCAGCAGGAUGCCAUCAACUAGCCGAGCGGGCAGCCUGAAGGACCCAGAAAUCGCAGAGCUCUUCUUCAAAGAAGAUCCAGAGAAACUCUUCACAGAUCUAAGAGAGAUAGGACAUGGGAGCUUUGGAGCAGUAUAUUUUGCACGGGAUGUGCGCACUAAUGAAGUGGUGGCCAUCAAGAAAAUGUCUUAUAGUGGAAAGCAGUCCAAUGAGAAAUGGCAGGACAUUAUUAAGGAAGUCAAGUUUCUACAGAGAAUAAAGCAUCCUAACAGCAUAGAGUACAAAGGCUGCUAUUUGCGUGAGCACACUGCAUGGCUUGUAAUGGAAUAUUGUUUAGGAUCAGCCUCAGACUUACUAGAAGUUCACAAAAAGCCAUUACAAGAAGUGGAAAUAGCAGCAAUUACACAUGGUGCUCUCCAGGGAUUGGCCUACUUACAUUCUCACAAUAUGAUCCAUAGAGAUAUCAAAGCAGGAAAUAUCCUCCUGACAGAGCCAGGCCAGGUGAAACUUGCUGACUUUGGAUCUGCUUCCAUAGCAUCUCCUGCCAAUUCCUUUGUGGGGACGCCAUAUUGGAUGGCCCCAGAAGUAAUUUUAGCCAUGGAUGAAGGGCAAUAUGAUGGCAAAGUAGAUGUUUGGUCUCUUGGAAUAACAUGUAUUGAGUUAGCGGAAAGGAAGCCUCCUUUAUUUAAUAUGAAUGCAAUGAGUGCCUUAUAUCAUAUAGCUCAGAAUGAAUCCCCUACAUUACAAUCCAAUGAAUGGUCUGAUUAUUUUCGAAACUUCGUAGAUUCUUGUCUUCAAAAAAUUCCUCAAGAUCGGCCUACAUCAGAUGAACUUCUCAAGCACAUGUUUGUUCUUCGUGAGCGCCCUGAAACAGUGUUAAUAGACCUCAUUCAGAGAACCAAGGAUGCUGUAAGAGAGCUGGACAACUUGCAAUAUCGGAAAAUGAAGAAACUCCUUUUCCAGGAGGCACAUAAUGGGCCUGCUGUAGAAGCACAGGAGGAAGAAGAGGAGCAAGAGCAUGUUGUUGGCCGAACAGGAACAGUGAAUAGUGUUGGAAGUAAUCAGUCCAUUCCCAGUAUGUCUAUCAGUGCCAGUAGCCAAAGCAGUAGUGUUAACAGUCUUCCAGAUGCCUCAGAUGACAAAAGUGAAUUAGAUAUGAUGGAGGGGGAUCAUACAGUGAUGUCUAAUAGCUCUGUCAUCCAUUUAAAACCUGAAGAAGAAAAUUAUAGAGAAGAGGCAGAUCCAAGAACCAGGGCAUCUGAACCACAGUCUCCACCCCAACAAGUAUCUCGCCAGAAGUCACAUUACCGUAAUCGAGAACACUUUGCUACUAUCCGCACAGCAUCACUGGUUACUAGGCAGAUGCAGGAACAUGAGCAAGACUCGGAGUUGAGAGAACAGAUGUCUGGCUACAAGCGCAUGAGGCGGCAGCACCAGAAGCAGCUGAUGGCUCUGGAGAACAAGCUCAAGGCUGAGAUGGACGAGCACCGCCUCCGACUGGACAAAGACCUCGAGACACAGCGCAACAAUUUUGCCGCAGAAAUGGAGAAACUUAUCAAGAAACACCAAGCGGCUAUGGAGAAGGAGGCUAAGGUGAUGGCCAAUGAAGAGAAGAAAUUCCAACAACAUAUUCAAGCACAGCAGAAAAAAGAAUUAAAUAGCUUUUUAGAGUCCCAGAAGAGAGAGUACAAACUACGCAAAGAGCAACUUAAGGAGGAGCUAAAUGAAAACCAGAGUACCCCAAAGAAAGAAAAACAAGAAUGGCUCUCCAAACAGAAGGAGAACAUCCAGCACUUCCAAGCAGAAGAGGAGGCCAACCUCCUCAGAAGGCAGAGGCAGUACCUGGAGCUGGAGUGCCGGCGCUUCAAAAGGAGAAUGCUGCUCAGCCGUCACAAUUUGGAGCAGGAUCUUGUCAGAGAGGAGUUAAAUAAAAGGCAGACCCAGAAGGACUUGGAGCACGCCAUGCUCCUGCGACAGCACGAGUCCAUGCAAGAGCUCGAGUUCCGCCACCUCAGUACCAUUCAGAAAAUGCGCUGUGAACUGAUCAGGCUGCAGCACCAGACCGAGCUCACCAACCAGCUGGAAUACAAUAAGCGGCGGGAGCGGGAGCUGAGGCGCAAGCAUGUCAUGGAGGUUCGGCAGCAGCCUAAGAGUCUGAAGUCUAAAGAACUGCAAAUAAAAAAACAAUUUCAAGAUACCUGCAAGAUCCAGACCAGACAGUACAAAGCCUUGAGGAACCACCUGUUGGAGACCACACCAAAGAGUGAGCACAAAGCAGUUCUCAAGCGGCUCAAGGAGGAGCAGACGAGGAAACUGGCCAUUCUGGCAGAGCAGUAUGAUCACAGCAUUAACGAAAUGCUCUCUACACAAGCUCUUCGUUUGGAUGAGGCUCAGGAAGCAGAGUGCCAAGUCUUAAAGAUGCAGCUGCAGCAGGAGCUGGAGCUACUCAAUGCAUAUCAAAGCAAGAUCAAGAUGCAGGCGGAGGCCCAGCAUGACCGGGAGCUCCGAGAGCUAGAGCAGAGGGUCUCCCUCCGCAGAGCACUCUUGGAGCAAAAGAUUGAAGAAGAGAUGUUGGCCUUGCAGAAUGAGCGCACAGAACGAAUACGAAGCCUGCUGGAGCGUCAAGCCAGAGAAAUUGAAGCUUUUGACUCUGAGAGCAUGAGGCUAGGUUUUAGUAACAUGGUCCUUUCCAAUCUGUCCCCUGAGGCAUUCAGCCACAGUUACCCUGGAGCUUCGGGUUGGUCCCAUAAUCCCACUGGGGGCCCAGGCCCUCACUGGGGUCAUCCCAUGGGUGGCCCACCUCAAGCUUGGGGCCACCCAAUGCAAGGUGGACCCCAGCCAUGGGGUCAUCCCUCAGGGCCAAUGCAAGGGGUGCCUCGAGGCAGCGGCAUGGGAGUCCGCAACAGCCCCCAGGCUCUGAGGCGGACAGCUUCUGGGGGACGGACAGAGCAGGGCAUGAGCAGGAGCACAAGUGUUACUUCACAAAUAUCCAAUGGUUCACACAUGUCUUAUACUUAACUCCAACGAUGAUCGUGCGUGGCACUUCCACUGGAGCUGUCUGCCAAGAGCAACUGCCGCCUCCAGACGUCAUCACCACGGCCAUGUCACCUGGGCGCCGCAGUGUGGGAGCCGAGUGCAUCUGGAAUAGUUUGUUCAUUUUGUAAAGCGUUCCGUUCUGUGUUUACUAAUGGGAUGUCAUCGUAUUUGGCUGCUGGGCAUGGUUUUUUGUUUUGUUUUGUUUUGUUUUAUUCCCUGGAGGGGGGAAUACUGGGGCCAGGCAUUGUAUGGGUGCAAAGCCCCCUUUGCAUGUAAUGGAAGGCAUUCUCCAAAAAGGGGCAUUUCUGAAUGCAGUACAGUGAGCUUAUAUUACUACUUCCUGGGUUCCUCUAUCUUCAGAGGCUUAUGGGAAGGUUUGGAGCUUUCCUAAUUUCCACAAUCCUUCCAAGCUGCUCAUGGCAGGCAACAUGUGUGCACUAAGCUAGAUUAGUGUGUGGGCCAGACCUACAUUCCCUCCCCAGGUUAAAAUUCGUGUUAAAUUGGCCUGGUCUCUCAGCAUCCCCAGAGCAGGAGGAAAGGGGACACAUCCACAGACACCAAAGGUUUCCAGGAAUCUGCCCAUUUCCAGGGGUCGGAAAUAGUUUUGCCUGGGUUCUAUUUAUUUAUUUUGGGGGAGCUACACAGGCUUGUUAGUGGUCCAGACCAUCCUAGUGUGCUCUAUGUCAGGAGGCAGUUGUAACAUCGAAUCUUUGAGCCUUUUAAGGAAAGAAACUCAGUUCUGGUGUCUUUCCUCCUCUUCCAGUCCAUACUGUGCUUUUCCAGCAUGAGUGGGGAAAGGUUAAGGUUCAAAGACUGCACAUGUGCUGCUCUUCCCAUUGUAGCUGAGGAUCUGGAUCAUCCUGGAGGCCCAGCUCUUCUCUUGCUCCCUUCUUGAAAACAAAAGCCACGUAGCCAAUAUAUGCCCACGGCCAUGUAUUUGAAGGAUACCGUGUCUGCAAACUGCUGCCUGUUGAAAUUCUUCCCACACUACACAUUCACAGAUGUGAUUUUUUCCCCCCUUUUAGCUUGUUGCAAUGUCCUGUUUACAUGUAGUGUAGCCAAUUGUUUCGGUGUCUAGUUGCCAUACAGAGUGUACAGGAGUCGCUGAGCCAAUGACUUUGACCAGCUGCUGGCUGACCCCCAUCACCACUGUAAAUGGGCUGCAUGGGGCCAGCCCCCUUUUUGCUCUUUUCAGUUACCGUUUCCAUUGCUGCACUGCUCUGCAACUUUUCCAUUCGUUGAGGCUUUGUGAUCUUUUCAUAGCAGGUUAAAACCCCCUCCCCUAAAAUAGGAGACACCACUUCCAGAAGUCUCUAUACUCUUGUGUCAACAGUACUACUGAAAAGGAGCUAGGAAGUUUGGCAAAAUUUUAAAAAUAAAUUCUACUGGUCAGGGAGUCUGUUGACAAAAUCUCUUUUGUUGGUUUUUCUAUUUUUGUUCAUUUGUUUUUGUUUUUAUGAUGAAGGAUCAACCUUUAGGACUGAGUCAGGAGUUUCCUGGUACUCUCGUCAGUGCCAGUUGGCCAAGCUGGAAGUCCUUGAUUAAAACCAGGUCAGUCAAGUUUGACUUGAUGUAGAUGUUCUUUCCCAUCACCAAAGCUUCUUGUAACUUAUUUUUUUCUCCCCCUUCCUAGCUUGUCUUGAAGAGAAUCCUAGCUGCUAACUCUAGAACUUAUAUUACUGAGAAUCCUAAGGCAUUGAGGGCCUUGUCUCACCUCAAUUCCUGUCAAUGGCACACCUCUCCAACCCCACCAGAUUUCAUAACCAUUUGCCGAAGUGUCCAGUUUCUCACAAAUCUUUAUCAUUCAAAAGAUAUUAGGCAUCUUAAUAAAGCCAAAUGAAAGAAAAAUUUAUUUUUAUGUAAAUUGUUUGGAAGCCCUUGCCACGGGAGGUAAAAGGGACAUUCAUGAAAGUAGGACAGUGAUCCACAUAACAAGGGAAUCCAGUUAGCAACGUACCUCACACUACAGCUCUUCACAAGUCCAAAGGAAAAUGUCACAACUACUUGUCAUACCUGGUUAUUGACUAGAAAUGUAGUUUGUUAGCCAUUUUUUGCAGGACAACAUAAUUCAGAUGCUUUCAGAAAAUUGAGAUUGGCUGGACAUUGUGUUUUCUUAUUUGAUUUGAGAGGGUUACAAUUUCAUCAGGAAUUCUCACAUAUCCCCCGGAAUGUAACAUGGUAGUGGCAGUUGAGGGGUGGGAUACAUCCAGAACUUGUGUGUGUAAGAGCUAAUAGGAACAAAAUCAAUUGAGGUUAACCCAUCUCAGACAACUUAAAAUUCCCUGGUUGCACCGAUGGUCUGUUUUGAGCUGAAGUUAUUUAUUUUCUCCUUGUUGUUGACUUGAGUGAAAAAAGAGCUUUGGCCUAAUCAAAUUCAGUUACUUCCCUCGUGUUCUCUCCGAGCCUGGGUCUUGGGACAUCUGACUUCACUUACCCCAGAGGGUCUUUUCAGUAGGGCUUUGUAGCCAACCUGAUUGUGUAGUCACCAGCUUUAUGUGUUGGUCAUGUGCAGACCUGAAUUAUUCCAUUAGGUUAAUGUUUUAAUUAAAACAGAUAGUUUGCAAAGACUGAUUCAGGUUUUAAUUGAUUUGUGUUUGUGUGUGUUGGUGUGUGUGCACGCGCAUGCGUGUGCAUGAAAAAAAUCUGCAAAGUCUUCUACAUAGUGGGAAUUAUCCCGUAGAAAAGUUUGUAAAAGGAAACUUGGAUGGUUUCAGUGAGGUGAGCCCUUUCUGAAUCAGUUUGCAAAUACUCCCUGGUAAUCAGAUCGUAUUACCUCUCCGGAGUUCUGGUGCAUGUCUACUUCCUGUGCGUGUUUAAGCAAUGAUGAGGAAUUUGUCAAAAAUAUAUCAGAAAUUGGCAAGCGCUGCAUCUGGGGUCCAGAACCUCUGAUAGUAGAAAAUGGCAUGUACUUCCCAACCUUCUUUGUUAACAUUGAAUCACUGACUUUGUACCUUAAAAUACUUUAUUCCCCCUCCCCUGCCCAUCUGCACAUUUAACUCUUCCCAGAGUCAAAACAGCCCCAAGUUGCGGUUUACAGAGAAUACUUCCUGCUUGCUGAGUAGUGUCACGGAAGUGUUUGUCUUUUGGGGUACAGUGGGAAAAGCACUGGGCUGAGAAGCUAGAUAGCUGGGGUCCUCUCACUGGCCAAGUCACUAGCCAGCUCCACAUGACUUGGGCAAUCUCUUAGCCUCUUGGGGCUACACUUUGCUUGUCUGUGUAACCAGGAAAUUGGUCUAACGUGAGCUCCAAGGUUUCUUCCAGCUCUGAGAUUCCAUGACUCCCAGGAUGCUGUAGAAGCCAGUUGCCAGAUGGGCAAAGGGCAGUAACUAAAGAAGCGAAUCAACAUUCUUCCUGUCUCUUCUCCCACUUAAAAUGAAAACUCUGGAUAUCUUUGUCAGGUUGGAAGACAAACUCUACUAACCCUAUUUUCACUCUAGACUUUAUAACUGCAGUAGUUUAUGUAAGUACCAAAUGUCUGGUGUGUUUAAUUCUUUGCAGAAUGCAUUGUGUUGGACACUGGAAUAAUACUGUUUAUUUUCACCUGUGAAGAUAACUUUUAUACUUGAAACACCUCCUUUGCAUUCCUCCAUGUGUGCCAUUCACUAGUGGAAAUAAAUUGUAUUAUACCAUGAUCUACUGGCUUUUAAACAAAACACUAUGUUAAAUAUGCACAUUUCUUGGGAUAGCUCUAUCAUUUGUAUGUAUAUAUUGUAUAUACAUAUGAGUGUGUACAUAUAUAUAUAUAUAAAUAGAGAGAGAGAGACAUGUUGGCCGUGCUAUACAUUUGCAUCGAAGCACUUAGGGUCCUGUUCUUUUUAUAUAUACAGAUACACACAUGUAUACAUAUAUGAGUGAGUGUGUGUGUGUAUGUGUGUGUGUGUGUGUGUGUAUAUAUAUGUAUAUAUUCAUAUAUACAUAUAUAUAUAUAUUUUUCCCCCCCAACUCACUCAGUUAAGGCAAGAAUGCAUGGGGCCCACACUUCUUAGUGUCUGCUCUUUGUGAGAAUAUGGAUCACUCCAGGCAGCUGUGACCCCUUCAGCCCUCUAAGGCUAUUGAAGAAAGAGGGGAACGAGCCCAUGGGGAUUGAGAAAGUAAAGCCACAGCGUGGCACUCAGCUGCAGAUGAGCAGGAGGGCACCGAGGCAGAGGCUAGUGGGCGUCUGUGCUCUGGAGAGAGACAUGGUGUUAGGGACGCGACGUGGCCCAGAGUAAUGAAUGGUCGAGAGGAAGGGACCAGAGACCAGAGGAUGCAGUUGUGUUUCUGGGUGGGGGCAGGGAGAUGCUGCCACUGACCCUUAGCUGUUACAAGAGAAUUCGCUGAGAUUCCAAAACCAGGGCAAGGGCAUUGAGGGAAUGCUUUGGUCCUCUUCCCUCCCAAGGGGUGUCCACAGGAAGGGAGUGAAGGGCUAUCUUAACGGAUCCAGAGGUUUGUUCGCUCGGGUGCUGCUCUCUCCCUGGGCUUCCCAACCAGUAACCCUUUGUUUCUGCCAGAGAGAUUGGUUCCCAUUUUGUUCCUUCAGCUCCCAAAGGGAUAGACCUCUCCAUUAGGGGAGGGUUGGAUUUGCUAGUGGACUCAGAAGAGAAGCUGGUCCAGGCAGCAGCAGACUCUGUUACUCUCAGGUCAUCCAUUUGCCUCAAUGUUCUCUCGCACCAAGAACCUAUUUCCCUUGUCUAAGAGCAUGACACUGUCCAUAGCAUUGUCAAAUCAGAGUCAGCCUCUGCUCUUCAUCUUUGAAGACUUCCCUUUUGAUUAUGAGGAACUGUAAACUUUCCCCGUCCUCAGUUGAAUACUCCAGGAGAAUGUGCUGUGAGCUUCGUAGAGCUUCCUCUUGUUUUCAGGGACUACUGAUUGAAGUCUAUUUUGCUGUGUCUGGUUAUGUUGUCUGCACUUUUUUGAAAUCACUACAGUUAGAGCUACAUUAGGAAUGUUUGUAGAGAUGUUCGUGGGCUCUGUUUAUAGCUAUUAAUGCUGUAAAGAAGGAAGUUGUCUUGUUAAACACUGUCCAGAAGAGAAGGUGAAGCUGAGAACUCCUCCUGUUGUGCAUUUAUUUGUAUGUUCUACUGAUUCCCAAUGUUCCCAGACUGUCUACAGAGGCCAUGUAGAACAGUUUCCCCUCGAGUGAAUGUACCGAUUCCCAGACCUCCGUUUACCUGGCAGAGAGCAUCUGUGGCUUGAUGGUAGUCCUAAAAUGGAUAUGAACUAAAUAGACGCCAGACUCAAUUGUGCACCUUAUCUGAUAUCUUGUGGGUCUCUGAACACUUGCCUUUCCUGUCUUCCCAAAGAGAUGGGCAAGUAAAAUGGAAGAGCUGUUGGCCAUGAUUGCUACCCUGCUAACUGUUUGCCAGACAUUGAAAUUUCCUGAGCAUCUUCCCCACCCUCAUUCCUCCCCACCCAUGUACCUUUCCCCCGCCCCCCCCUUUAUUUUUAUAUACAAAAAUGUUGAACUCUCUCUGAAGUCUCCCUUUGAAAGUAGCAGGAUGAGCAUUGGACAAGCCAACCAGAUCAUCUCUGGGUAGUCUGCCAGGAAAGAGUGGAGAAGAGCUGAUACUUCUGAAUGAACAAAUAAAAAGGGUAUCUUCAUACCCAAUAAUGCCUCCAAAGUACGGGUACUUCCACCUGCACAGUUUGACUUUUUUGCUGACAUUUUAGCAAUUGUGAGUGAAAACCGUGUAAUUAACUGUAAAUAUGUAGGUAACAAAUUGACCUAGUUUCUGUAAUAUUUUUUUUUGGAGUUUUUUGUACUAAAGUUUAUAGAUCUGUGCCAGCUAGAGAGGAGUUGCUGUCAUUGCCCGUUGUGGCUCUAGCAUCUAACCCUAUAACCAUCCUAGGUAAAGCUUAGAAUUAAAAUGCUUAAAUGUUGUAUGCAGGGGAAUGUGAGGCUUAAUCAUGUGUCAAGUUUAAAUACGUUUGAAGCAAAGUAAUUUUCUUUAAUGUAACGAUUGCAUAUCUUCGAUCGUGAGUGAGGUAGGGAGAGCUCCCUUCCCCAGUGCCCAUGUUUGCAGAAAUGUUUUGUCUCUCAAGUGCAAGUGUUUUCAUGUUCUUUCGAUUAUGCAGGCAGUAGGUACCUUAUGGUUUGGUGCUUUUGUUCCUUGGGCUCCCUUACAGCUGGAAUUUCAAGUGAAAUGAGUGGAACUCUUUGUUGGCACAGAAAUCCCAAGAAAGAGCCUGUCCAUGGAACCUGGUUUGCAUGCUUUCAGUGCCCACAUGACAUGUCUACAUGAUGGCGGCUCUGAGGUUAGCCACAUUUUGAAUUGAGAUGUCGAUGUUUAUUAAAAGUUAAAAUCUUCACUUUUGAACAGCUUAGAUUUCCAUCAGAAAAAUAUUAGGGCUAUUUGAAAGAAAGCAUGGCGCUCAAUAGAAUGGACACAUUUGGUUCUUACUUUCUGAGUUAAGAGCAUCACACCUUAAAUUCUAUGUGUGUAGGUAAAAUAAGCAGUUCAGAAGGCUGUCGUUGCCAAAUGCAUGGACACAGGUGGUCCCUGUGGCUGUUCCAUCCAGACCACCACCAUCUGAGACUGAAGUCCCUUCUGUUUUGCCCUUGGCUAGUUGUGCGUUGGCUUCCAUCAGUGUGGAUAUUCUACCAGUGCCCAUUCCAAAUAUCCUAUUAUUCCUCAGUGAACCUCUUCCCUUCUUUCCACCACGAUGGUGUGUGUUAAACCUCCUAUUCCAUACUGGGUGGGAGUUAUGCCAUCCACUCUCAACCAAAAACUUGUCCGAGAAGGAGCCCUUCCAGACAAAGGUACAAUGGGGGAGAGUAUUCAGUAAACACAGAAGAUACAAGAAGGAGAUAGGAGGAGGAGUUUUAGCAAGUUUCCUUGAAAUUUGAAAUGAGAUAGGAACCCAUUUCAAAAUGCAAACAGUUUUCAUGGAUAGAAGGUAUGGCAGAAUUGGGGAGGGAAAGAAGGGGGCUUCCAGGAGAGGGGAGAAUUUUGUGGUCAUGUUAACUUUGCUUUUAUGAAGACCCUUUUCUACUAGGUUAGAGAAUUAAGGACAUUCUUCCAACUCUUUUUUUUCUUAAAAACAAACAAACAAAAAAAAAAAAAACAAAACAGGAUGAGGGUCUGAUGUAAAUAAGUGACAUUUUGCAGUAUAGCGUGUAUAAUUCACCCAGACUAUUUCAACUUGAUCAAUUGUAAAUGCUUAAGAAGUUUUUAUUAACACUUGUUUUGCUAAAUCCUAUUUAUGUGAUUAUUCAGAAGUCAAUAACCCAUUUAAAAUUUAAGGCAAACAUUUAGGUAAUAAAUGGUUGGGUUACUUUGAGCAGUUUAGCUAUAAGAACCCCCUUGUUUUUGUAUACAGGAAAGAUAGUAUAAUGUGCAUUAAUGAGGCUGGGAGAGACUAUGAGAAAUGUGUAUAGUGUAUAUUUUAAAACAGCUUUGCUUGUAUUGUGAAGAUUUAAAAACAAACUUGAGAUUUCUAACAUUAACUAUUAACACAAUUUUAACAUAAGUUAUCCCACUGGGUUUAAGAGCAUCUUGAAUGUAUAAUCCUUUUUGUAACCCAGAUUGGUUUCUGCUUCUACCCAUCAUCCAGAUAGCCUAUUUAUGUUUUUAAUUUUAUACAGUAUAUUCACUUCCCCUUAAAUCUCUUCAUCUCCAGCAUGAUUUCCCCCCUACAGGUAUUGUAGAAGUUUUAAAAAGGAAAAAAAAAAAUCCAUUUUUCUCCAUCUUGGAUUUUCAUCACUUCUUUCUUCUCCUUUCCCCAUUUCCUUUCUUAAAGGCCAUUUUAUGACAUUUGCACUAUUCCUGCAAAUGCUAGGUUUUAAAAAAAUAUUAUUUUGCCAUUCAUCAAAAAAAAAUGCUCAGUCGGUUGCCUUUUUACAAAAAAAUAAUAAUAAUAAAGGAAAGGAUUAAAAAAGCUGUGACCUUAUCAGUUCUGAGUAGGCCAUUGGGAGUUGGAUGCACACAUGUAACAGCCCCAGGACCAGUUUUGGUGGCCCACUCAAGGGAAACUCUUUUCAUGGCUCACAGGGCCUUUCUUUAUUGGAAUAUGUUGUUACCCAGAAUGUGUUCCAGUAAUUCCCACAAAUAUUUUAAAAAGACCAAUUGUGGGGAGUCUGGGUAAGACCAGGUGCCCCGAGAAGGUCUGCUUGAGUUUCAUCAAAAAGCUUUUGUGACUUGUUGGUUCCCUGUGGUAAGGAGGAGAAAUUACAGAUUCCACAGGACUCAAAAUUCGGUUAGAUCACUUGCCUUUCUUGUGGCAGUCACCAUCUUUUCUCCCCCGGCCCCCGGCCUGUCACAUUGUUAUGAUGGGUGAUGGAUUUCUGGAUCUGGAAACUAGGACUGGUUUUUUAGAUUAAGAAUCAUGUUGAAAGUGUGAUGUGCUGCCACCGUACUAAUAAAUUUGUUUUUUUAACUACACCUUUGUCGCGUCCUCUGAGUUUUCAGACCAAACAGAUGCCCACAGUGGAGGCUUACAAGGGGUUGCGUUGGGGAAUUUCCCUUGAUAUGAGCACCAGUUGGUAUGGUAUGAUACAAGUGUGCAUUUUUCUCUUCGGUAAAGAUGGUCCACAGCACUAACUGGUGAGGCUUAUUGUACAGUAUAUUGUCAGUAUUCUUCUGGUUCUGCAUACAUUAUAGUUCAUAUAUAACCUGUAUUAAUUGUAUAGAUUGUGCAUUUAAAGCUGUUACCAAGUUGUCAGAAAAUGAGAGAAAACAAGGUCAUAUGUAAUAUUUUGUUUGUAAGUAUCCUUUGUAUCAUAGCAAAGGAAAAGUUAAAAAAAAAUCAACUGUAAUAAAGUAAUUUUAGUACA